ACCAACUCCACCAUCAAAAGUAAAAGCAACGAAAACUAACAAAAUAAAAACAAACACUUCACAAUCUUACAAGUUUGGAAUUUGUAGGGUCAUGUUAGGAAGAACAAGAGACAACACAACACAAGAGCUUGUAAAGACAAAACAAAAAACAAAAACAAAAACAAAAACAAAGAAACACAAACUCUCUUUAAUAUUUCUUCUUCUUCAAUCACCUAUAAAGGAAAAUCUUCAACAAGAUCAUCAUCACCAACUACAUCUAAAAAAGAGACACAUUAACACAUUUUCACAAUAAUUUGUCUCUUCUCUUCAUCAUAGCCAUAGGUAUUUUACAUUCAUUAUACAAAAAAAUAUAGUACUAUCUAUAACUUCCAUUACCACGAUUCACUCGAUAUUCAGCUUUUGCUGCUUCGAUUCGUUGGAAAAAAAAAACUACCAUCACCAAUGCUACUAAGAAACCCUAUUACUACCACCAAGAAGUUCUUCCAAAAAACAAUAAAGAACUUCAAGUCCUUGUUCUCUUCUGACUACGAAAAGCUUCCAAAAAGUACUUCUCCUCAUCAUCACUUAUCUUAUCCUGUGGCUGCAAAUCAUGUCAUGGACAUAGACAUGGACAUGAACAUUAGCAACAAAAAUGGUAGCUAUGUUAAAUUGUCUAAUGCAAGCCCUUAUAAGGAGAAAAAUCAAGUGAAGAAAAGAGAGGUAUAUGAGAAGAGAUUGGCCCUUCAAAGAGGAAAGCAAAAAGAUUCAUCAUUAUUUUCUAAUGAUAUGAAAGAAAGAAGAUAUAUGGUUGAAGAGAAGUUGAAGGAAUUGGAGAUGUUGGAUAUAAGCAAUGUAGAUUAUGUGAUGGAUAUUGAAGAGGUUCUUCAUUAUUAUUCAAGACUUACUUGUCCUACUUAUGUUGAGAUUGUUGAUAGAUUCUUCAUGGAAAUGUAUUCAGAUCAGUGUGAGAGGUUUUGAUUUUGUUUGUUUCUUAACAUGUUAAUUAGUCUCUAUGAUUAUUUAACCUUUUUUUUUUCUUGAGUUGAUUUUCAUUGUUUUCAUUUGACAUGAUGUUGGUGGAUAACAAUUAAUUGAUGUUUGUGUUUGGUGUGUAAAAAAUUCAGAUUUAUAUAUAUUGUUCAAUGAUUUCAUUGAUCGGUGGAUGAAUUGCCAAUGUUCAUUGUUGGGAUUUUAUUAUGAAUACUUUGAGUUA